AUGGCGAUCCGUCGGUCCGCGCGCAUUCGUCGCGCCCAAGAAUCUCCAGAGGUUGAGGAAAGUACUCCGCAACCCGAGUCAGUCGCUCCUUCCCAACUCGCCUCUGUUGCUGAGGGCGACGAAAGUUCCGAAUUGCCUCGCGUCCAAACUCCUCUGACCAAAACACCUGCGCGCAAACCCCCCAGCACGCACAAAACCCCCAGCACGUCCGCUAAGCGAUCAUCUACCAACGCGAUUACUCCCACCAGCGCAAUGGCGCGUCCGUCUCGAGCGGAAAUGCACCCCAGCAAGGCCCACCAGAGCACAACGAAGAAGGUGGACUCGGGCCUUAUCCUUGGCUUCAAUCCCAUCACAAAGGAUGCCGAUGGCAAGGUAGUCAAUAACGGCGUGGCUGACAACACACCGACCAAGUCGAAGCCGUCUCCUGCGACCAGUGGCUUUGGAACACCGGGAUUUGAGUUCAAAUUCCAGUCCCAGGAGACGGAUUUGAGCGACCAGGCGAAGUUGCUCAUGGACAGUGUCCGUGGUGACGUUGCUCGUAUUAAAGCCGAAAUGCUUGAGCAGAAAUCCAAGCAAGACCAGGAAGAUGAGAAGGCUGGGCACUCUCACGGAGACCGGAAGAUUGCCAUGCCAAAGGGGCAGGCUGGACGCUUCAGCGACAUUCACAUGGCCGAAUUCAAAAAGAUGGAUUCCAUUGCGGGGCACGCCUCGUCAUUCCGCGGUACUGCUGAUCGGUUCGUGCCCUUGACCAAGUCUCUGAAGCGGACCAAGUCUAAGGCUCAGCUUGAUGAACCCGAGAAUCACGACUCAUCCCCAUCCCGAUCAGCUGCUAAAGGCUCGAGCUUGCCUGCUCCUACUGCGCCCUCUACCGCCAAGCGCGUCAAGCACAAUCAGGCGGAAGAUACCUCAGCUCGUCCUCAACCCUCCGAGGUCGAAACACAGAAGGUCGAGGCACAGAAGGUCGAGACUCCUCGUCGGCCAGCCGGUCCUCGUCCUCGCCCUUUCAAUCGCAACUCACUCAUGACCCCCACGCGUGCAUCGCUCGCUCGCUCCUCUCUCAGCGUCAAGGCGCCAAAGACUUCAUUGAUUCCAUCGCUUAAGCUUUCCCCGGCUGCCAAGACGAUUGCGUCGCCACGGACUCCUCAGACUGAUUUCAAUCCCCGCUUGAAGGGCAAGCUGCCCACUCUUGGUAACCUGAGAUCCAUUCUUCGUCGACGUCAGCCACUCUUCUCCCGUGAUCCGGCCAAGAUUGCAUCCGGAACACACGUGGCUGCACCAGAUUUCAAUCCCAAUUCCCUCUUUGCAGGAGCUGGAGAUGUUAGCGACUCUGCGCCAACUCCUUCGCCUAAGAAGCACGUUGAAUUUACUCCAAGCGUCAAAUCCCGUCAUGAACUCGCUGUCGCUUCGCCUUCUCCUUCCAAGGCCCCAUCAUCUCAGCGCCUUUCUGUGGCAGGAGAUGUGAGCUAUCCCACUCUCCCCACUCUUACGCCAGAGAAGAACUCGAAGGUUACAGAGUCUACUACUCCCACUUCAGCUCCCAAGUCUAUUCGUCAAAUCCGCAAAUCGGACAAUGAGGCAGUUCCUGGUGCUUUCCCGGAACUCCCUGUAGUUACUCACGGCAUUUCUCAUGGAAUCAAGAACAAGAAGAGACACCGAGAUGAGUCUGAUGACAAUGAUACUCCCACCACCAAACGGACCAAGAAUGUGCUACCUGUGGAUACUCCCUCGGCUGAGCGCAGCGCCAAGAGACUCAAGGCCACUCCAAGCCCAGUUAAGAAGCGACCUACCAACACUCCCGUUCGUCCUUCAGCCAGCCGAGUGAGCACCCCGGUCACUGCAAGUGCAAAGCAGAAGAGUCGAGGUGUCCUCAGCAUGAGUCGUCUCAACAUGCUCUCCAAGCCGAAGAAUCACUCCAAGUCAAAGUAA